CUUGAGCGCUUCGGUUGUGUGCUAUUCAUCAUACGCCGCGUUGUCCGCUGGAUAUAACACCCAAAAGGAUUACCUCUGACCAACUAACCAACUCUCAUUCUAACCAAGAUGAUGAUGCUACACCCCACACCCGAUCAGCGCGUGAGCAUCCGCGAGGAGCUCCGUGAGCCCGAGGAUCCUGCAGACAUUGAGCGCGACAUUAAGCUGAUCCGCGAGUGGCUGGAGACGCAACCCCAUCUGCCCAAGGACAUGGACGAUAUGCGCCUAACGACCUUCUUGCGCGGCUGCAAGUUCAGCCUGGAGAAGGUCAAGAAGAAGCUGGACAUGUACUACACCAUGCGCAAUGCCGUUCCGGAGUUCUUCUCCAACCGGGAUAUUAAUCGCGAAGAGCUCAACAUCGUACUGGAUUAUGUGCACUGCCCCACUCUGCCGGGCAUUACUCCCAAUGGUCGCCGCAUCACAUUCAUUCGUGGCAUCGACUGUGACUUCCAGCCGCACCACAUCCUGGACGCCAUGAAGGUGGCCCUGAUGAUCGGUGACGUUCGCCUGGCUGAGGAGAGCGUGGGCAUUGCCGGAGACAUCUUCAUUCUGGACGCAGCGGUGGCCAGUGCCUCCCAUUUUGCCAAAUUCUCGCCAACAGUGGUGAAGAAAUUUCUGAUUGCCGUACAGGAGGCGUAUCCCGUGAAGGUGAAGGAGGUGCAUGUGAUCAAUAUCUCACCGCUGGUGGAUACCAUCUUCAACUUUGUGAAGCCAUUCGUUAAGGAGAAGAUCCGCAGCCGCAUCUCCUUCCACAACGACGUGGAGAGCCUCUACAAGGUGGUGCCGCGUGACCUUCUGCCCAACGAGUACGGUGGCAAGGCCGGCAACAUUGUGGAGCUGAACCAAUGGUGGAAGCAGAAGUUGGCCGACAACACCAAGUGGUUCAAGGAGCAGGAGGACAAGAAGGCCAACGAGUCCCUGCGCCCCGGCGGUGUGAAGACCUGCGAUGAUCUGUUCGGCAUGGAGGGAACCUUCCGUCAGCUGAACAUCGACUAGGAACGGAUCAGUAUUCCGUAUCUCAUGUCCCCCACAUCCCGGCUUGUCUAACCGUGUAUAAUAGCCGCUCAUUUUUGAUAAGUCCAAGCUCAUGUGCAUGACUCUUGCUUAAUUGCUUCAUUCUUUCGCCAGAAUCCAUUGUUAAUCUCUAUAUGCCUCAUCAGUACAUUUCAGUAAUUACAAUAAUAAAGAAACAGCAGCAUAUUAAGGAAUGAAUAAAUCAAUAAAUUCAUUGUUUUACUAAAGUAA